AUGACCAACCACUUAUGGCUGGUAUGGUACCGCGCGCAGAGCCCCUUGGGGCCGAAGCACUGGUCGUUGUUUGUAACUUACGACACGGACGAAGAGGCACCAGGAACUAUCUACCAAAUCGAGGGCAACGGCUGGGGCACAGGGCAGUUCUUCUUCCGCGUCUGCCGGGGCAUCCAGCUCAAGGGUGCGCGUGGCAGCCAGGCGUAUGAGGGCCGACUGUACCUCGGGGACAUACGCGACGGCGUGAACGGCAUGAUGCAGGAGUACUGUGAGGCCGCGGCGGAGAUGAUCAACGAGCAUAACACGGCUCAUGUGGUCGGCGAGUUUAACUGUCAGGACUGGUGCAUCAUUGUCAUCAAGAGCUUGGAGGAUGGCCGGUUCAUCCCGGGAGGAGCGAAUGCGAGAGCGGCGGCUUGUCCGCGACGGUAGCAUUCUAGUAUUGAAUCUGGCGCUUCGCACAGUUUUCGCGGGGUUCUCGGGGCAAGGAGUUUCUCUGUCACGUUGGAUUUGUAGCAGUAGAGCUCGGUUACUUUUAUACCCUAACUCGCCUAAUAUAUUCUAUGCUUCGGAUACCUCUGGGCCUUUGAGGGCGGC